AUGCUUAUUAAAAAUGGUUGUAGCACAAAAUAUAAAAUAACUCAUAAGAGGAAUCCUAAUUAUAUACAUGAUAAUUCAAAAAAUGAAAACAUGAAUAAAUCGAUAAAUUACAAUAUAUUCAAUAAAAUAUAUAAAUAUAUAUUACUUGCCCUUUUAAUUAUAUUUAUAUGUAUUAAUAAUAAGAAUAACCAUACAAACUACUCUUAUGAUCAAUAUAUUUUUACAAAUGAAUCAUUUAAUAAAUUACAAAAUAGAUCACUGUCAGAUAUUCAUGUCGAUAAUGAUUAUUCCGAUUUAAAUCGUGCAAGUCGAAAUACUUCAAAUUUAAGACCCAAAAAUAUUAAACAAAAUGAUAAUCAAAAUAAAAACAAUAUAAAAAAAGAGAUAAAUAAUAAAGACAAUAUAAAAGACAGUUUAAUGUCAAAACCUAAAAAUUUAGAAGAUUUAAUAUUUAAAAAAAGAAAAGAAGAAGCACAUUUAAAUGAAGGAAAAGUUUUAUCACGAUUUGAUAAAAUUAAGUGCUUUCUUGAUAUCUUUGAUGACUUUUUUAUAGAUAAAAUGAUAGAUUAUAAUGUUCAAAAAAAAGAUUCACCAUCAUUAAAAUUAAUUACAGAAAAUAUUGUAAUACAUUUUAUGGCUUUUUUCCCUUUUUCUUUACCCCUCUUUUCUCGUAUAUCUAAUAGAUUAAAUUUCUAUGCAAUUAAUCAUGAAAAGAAGAAAAAUCAAAACGAUAUAUUACAUAUAACAGAUGAUAAAAAAGAACUUUAUGGUGUAAAAUGA